GCAAUUAGAUCGCUGCGCUCAUUUAUUUAUUGUUGUAUAGAAUAAGCUUCUACUGUCUCAGCACUCAGUACGGUGGUUUCAUGUAGAUAACUGUGUAUGUGUGUUUCAGAAUAAAUAUAUUUUUGAUAACUAUCUCUUUAAAAGGUGCUGCAGACUAUUUAGUAUGUGAAGCACAGAGAGCCUCCAUAUACAAUUAUAUAUCUGUAUAUAACGUACUCUGUGUGAGGAAGAGGGAACCUCUUUAUAUAAGGUCUCAGUGUAAAAAACUUCAUUGAUGAUGAACAACAUAAAGAAGAAGCUGUCUGAGCGGAUCCUGAAUCACAUCCUGGAGAUUCUAUACCUGCUGACGGGAGAGCGUGUGACUAACUCACUGACAGUGAGUCACAUGACCGAGGACAAGAUGACAACAGAGAGGAUACUGACCCACACCCUGCAGAUCAUGUACCUGCUGACAGGAGAGGUGCCUAUAAAGUGUGAUGAUGUUGCUGUGUAUUUCUCUAUGGAGGAGUGGGAGUAUAUAGAGGGACACAAGGAGCUUUACAAGGACGUCAUGAUGGAGAUUCACCAAGCAGUAAGGACUAUGGAGAUCCCAGGAAACGAGAGCUCAGAUGACAUUAAUACUGACUUAGAUGUUAAAACAGAAGAUCUGAGUGUAACGUGUCAGCUGGAAGCUCCAAUGCAGGAAAUGUGUUACAGCAACAAUGAAGUUGAAAAUGAUGUUAAGAUUUCAUUUAACAUGGAACAAACAGAAGAUCAGUGGCUAAGAAAUAUAACAGAAGCUGCAGAGCAGGAAAUAUGUGCCAAUAUAGGUACAGGUGAAAACGAUGCUAAGAUUUUAUGUAACACAGAACAUAGAGAAGAUCAGUGGCUAAGAAAUAUGUCAGAAGCUGCAGAGCAGGAAAUAUGUGACAAUUUAAGUAAAGCAGGUGAAUUCACAAACUGCAAUAAUCCUAGUCAUGAUCAGAGUGCAGAUGCUUCUUUACAUCUUCUUCAAAAUCAAAGACGCCACAAGGGCAAUUUGUGUUCUGAAUGUGGGAAAUUUUUUCUUAAGAAAUCUCAUCAUAGAAAUUUGAAAAUUCAUACAGGAGAAAAUCCAUUUUCCUAUUCUGUAGGCGGGAAAUGUUUUAACUGUAAAAAAAAUCUUGUUGCUCAUCAGAAAAUUCACACAGGAGAAAAAGGAUUUUCAUGUUCUGACUGUGGGAAAUGUUUUACUCAGAAAUCAAAUCUUAUUAUGCAUCAGAAAACUCAUACAGGGGAGAAAGGAUUUUCAUGUUCUGAAUGCGGGAAAAGUUUUACUCAGAAAUCAACUCUUAUUACGCAUCAGAAAACUCAUACAGGCGAGAAAGCAUUUUCAUGUUCUGACUGUGGAAAAUGUUUUACUCUAAAACCAGCUCUUAUUAACCAUCAGAAAAUUCAUACCGGGGAGAAAGAAUUUUCAUGUUCUGACUGUGGGAAAUGUUUUUCUCAGAAAUCAAAUCUUAUUACGCAUAAGAAAAUUCAUACAGGUGAUAAAGCAUUUUCAUGUUCUGACUGUGGGAAAUGUUUUAUAAAGAAAUCAAAUCUUAUUAUGCAUCAGAAAACUCAUACAGGAGAGAGAGGAUUUUCAUGUUCUGAAUGCGGGAAAUGUUUUACUCAGAAAUCAACUCUGAUUACACAUCAGAAAAUUCAUUCAGGGGAGAAAGCAUUUUCAUGUUCUGACUGUGGAAAAUCUUUUACUCUGAAACCAACUCUUAUUACGCAUCAGAAAAUUCAUACAGGGGAGAAAGCAUUUUCAUGUUCUGACUGUGGGAAAUGUUUUACUCAGAAAUCCAAUCUUAUUAUGCAUCAGAAAAUUCAUACAGGGGAGAAAGGAUUUUCAUGUUCUAAAUGUGGGAAAUGUUUUACUCAGAAAUAUACUCUUAUUAGGCAUCAGAAAACUCAUAUUAAAAGAAAUCAGAGCUUAAUCUCCUAAAUGCAGAGAGUGACAUGUAGUUGUCAUCCACACAAUACCAACUGCUGAGGAUGACUACAUUUGACCCCCUGGGGCAUGCAGUUUUGGAGCUGUUUGAGGCCCCUUCUGCACCUCAAGUGUUUAUGAGGUGGCCCAGUGUAUUUGCCAUCCCCAGGGGGAUGCAGGGUCCCUAUAUAAGUUAUAAAUAUAACCAAAAGCCCAUUUCCUUUUUGAAGUUCAAUAGCUAAUUUCUAUAGAAAAGCUCCAUGUUAUUUUUAAUGUCUGCUUAUUUUAGAAAUUUUGCCUAAUACAGCUAUAGAUCCACAACAGUUUUGACUAUAGAGUUGAUUAAAAAAAAGCUCACUGUAUUGUUUACAAUCUUGUUUAUUAAAUUGUAAUACAUUUUU